AUGAACGAUCUUGAGAAUCUAAAUAAGUUCGGAUCUAACGAAAAUAACCAAAUUGAGUUUAAUGAGGAAGACGAUGAUGAGAAUAAAUUUAUUGAUGAGAAUAAAAUCGAAUCCAAUAAAGAAAAUGAAGAAAAAUUUGAAACCAGAACUUGUGGAAUGCUUGGGCAAAUUUACACUACCAAAAAAGAUAUUUUAAAUGUUGUCCAAGAAAUAGCUCGACAUUCUGGGUUUGCUGUAACGAUCAAAAGUAGUAGCCAUCGUCACUUAUAUCUUCAAUGUAAACAUGGUGCCGUCCCAAAAGACUCUAAAUGGAAAGUUGUUGAAGUAAUAAAUAAGCAUAAUCAUCUUAAGGCUAAAGAUGCAAGAGUAUUUCAUGAACAUCGUCAGUUAACACAAGAAGCCAAACACACAGCUGUGCAAAUGUUAAAAGCUGGGGCAAAACCUAGUACAAUUUAUGAAGCCAUUAGAGAUGAGAAUGGGGAACCAAUUGCAACUAGAUGA